GAUGAUUGAAGAGGAGUGCCAAUAAGGAAAGAGUUAAUUGGAAUUUUAAUUGAUAGAAGCAAUUCUAGACUCAUUAUAGAAUCAUAUGGAUUAGAACGCAAUCUUUUUAGGUAAUUAGUGUUUGAGUUCAAAUUUCAAUAGCUGAAAGAUUAGUUUAUGAACAUGACACUGAAGAGCAUAGAUCAUUAUUGGCAGAAUGUUACUUACAUGAGAAUUAACCUUAUAAGGCUUGUCAUAUAUUGAAAGAUUGUAAGGCAGAGUUUAAUCGGUAUAAAAUGUAUAAAUCCAUAUUAGUUAUUAAUUGGCUGUUGUUUAAUUUAAGAACAAAAAAUAUAAGGAAGCUGAAAUGGCAUUAAUAGGAUUUUAAUCUAAUAAUCAAUUUGCAGUUUAAACAUAAAAUAUACCAAAUGGAGGUUUUGGUCAUUUUUUAUUGGGAUAAAUUUAUGAAUAAAUGCAUCGUACAGAUGAUGCCAAAAUUCAAUAUUAUCGGGCUCUUGAUCAAAAUCCAACUCUAUGGAUAGCUUUUGAGAGAUUAUCCAAAAUUGGUGAACCAGUUACAAUAAAUAAAGUGUUUGUUGAUUAAAAGCAAAGAUAAUAUGAAAUAAGUAGAUAAUCUAGUUGUAACAUUUAUAAAAUAAUUGCAAAUUUGCUUAAAAAUAAAUAAAACUGUAUAAAAUCAGGUUCAAAAGAAAUUGAUGAUCUCAAAGAAGAAUCUAUAGUUACAGAUAAUGUAUUUUAUAAAAUGAAUUAAUAAAGUAAUAGGGAAACAAGAGACAAAUUUAAGGAGUAAAACCAUUUUCUGUUACUGGAGUUUAGACCUAAAUAAUGCAUAUGGAUGACUCAUCAAAUAGUUAAAUGAAGUUUUCUUGUAAGAUUAAUAUAAUAAUAUAUUUAAGAGGUUUAACAAAAGAAAAUUAGUGGAAAAAUGAUUCCAACUCCUGGAAUAGGAUUAUAAAAUUAUUAAUCUCUAUUGAGUCAACCGUUUUAAUUAUCAUAAAAUUAAAACAAGAUUUAUAAUCAAAAAAAGAGUGAUAUUUAGAAAGUCCUUAGUGUAGCUGUUCAAUUAUCACCUAGUUUAAUAAAGUAUUGAAUUAUUCUAGUGGAAGCUUGCCUCAACUUUUAAAACUUUUCGCUCAUCCAUAUUAAUUAUGGACUAAUUAUUCUGUAGAGGCAAUAACAAAUUUUUAGAAGUUACCUCCUUAACAUUAUAGAUCAGGAUGGGUUUUGGAGAAAGUUGCUAGAAGCUUUAUGGAUUAAGUGAAAUAUACAGAUGCUGAAAGAGUUUGGAAAGAAAUGAGAUAGAUAGAGCCAACUCGAUUAGAAGGAAUGGAUUAUUAUUCCUCUUGUUUAUGGCAUUUAAAAAAAUAAUCAGAAUUAACAUAUUUAGCACAUUCAUGUUUGUAGAUAUGUAUGUAUGCACCUGAAACUUGGAUUGCAAUAGGAAAUUGUUUUAGUUUGAUUAAAGAAAUAGAUAAUUCAAUCAAAUUUUUUGGGAGAGCAAUUUAAUUGAGAAAAGAUUAUUCAUAUGCUUACACUUUAUCAGGACAUGAAUUUUCAUAGAAUGAGAAUUUUUAAUAAGCAAAAAAAUCAUAUGAUGCUGCAACCUCUCUUGAUUAACGAUAAUACAAUGCAUGGUGGGGUUAGGGGAACAUGUAUUACAAGACUGAUAAAUAUGACGAUGCUAUUAAAUGUUUCAUACAAGCAAUUAAAAUUAACCCAAACAAUCCUGUUCUCCCAACAUUCUUGGCUAUGAGCUAUGCUGCAAAAGGAGAUCAUUAUGAAGCUUUAAAGUAUUUUGAAUAAAGUGAAAGGUUAGAUUCAAUGAAUGGAUUGAAUAAAUAUCAGAAAGUAUAAUAAUUUUAAUAAUUAGGCAAAUUCAUUAAUAAAAUUAGAUUAAUAUGAAGAAGCAUUGGGUGAAUUAUAGAGUUUGAGUUAAUUCAUUCCAAAAGAAGCUGCAAUUUAUAUUCUGAUGGGUCGCAUACUGAAAAAGUUGAAUCGGAUUCAAGAAGCAUAAAAGUAACAUAAAAUUUUAAUAUUUUUAGUUGUUUCAAUAUGGCAAUGUCACUAGAUAUAAAAGAUUAGACGAAGAUAAAAGGUUUAAUGGAGAGUCUGACAAACCCCAAUAGUGAUUUCAACGAUGAUUUUGAUUUAUGA